CUUUAUGUGUCGAAAAAUUGUAGGGUUGCAAAAGUAAUUUAUUAAAAAAAUAUUUUUUAGCAAAUUAAGAAUGAUUAGAAAUGUCGCACGAUGUGUACCAAACUCUCGAAAGGAUACCUUCGUUAUUUUUAAAAAGCAGCAGACAGCAAUGAGGACCAUUUCAAACUUCAACAUAACCUCAAACUAUUCUACUAAGUCAAACAAAAAUCACAGGAACGCCAGCGUUUAUGAAGUCUGUAAACGUCUUUUAAGCUCAGAGGGUGAAAAACCGCGUAGAAAAUUGCCGCAGCUAAUGAAUUUUCCCGAGAUCGUGUGGCCGUCACUACUGAAGUCUAUGAGGAACUUUAUUCUGUCGACUUUCAUCAUAAAGCCUUACAUGGAUGGUGAUUUUAGCAUACCCCAGUUUGUGAAAGGCUCGAAGAAAGCUGUGGAGGUGGUGUCUAACAAACUGUCGGAAGGAGAUCUAAAAUCACUCGAGGGCUUGGUAACAAACGACGUAAUUCCCGAUUUACAAAAGUCUGUUUCUUUAAUGUCCCUCGCCGAACGAGAACAAUUGGCCAUUAAUAUUGACGAUAUUUACUUUUCAUUUCCGUAUCAACUUGGAAUUAUAUUUGAUGACUCGAACAAUCAGAAACGUUUCGUAGAAAUAACAAUGGUCUACCAUAGCCUAAAGGGACUGUCUAUGAUGCGAUCUAGAGGGGAGGAACCUCCCUUAAAUAUGGGCAUGAUGCCUGAAUACCAAGGAAAAAUAUCCGUUUGUAAUUAUAGGUUUAUUAGAGAGUUUACGAAAGGUGUUGAAAGUCAGUGGACUGUAAAUCUUUUAAAUCACUUCAAGCCGGCCGAUUAUUUAGAUUAGGUUUUUGCGAGGGUUUUUGUACAUCCUUGUUUGCUUAUUCUUUAUUGUAUUAUCGGCAGGUUGGUACAAUCACAAUUUUUUCUUAUACUUUAAGUAGUGUAAAUAAAAAGAGUAUUGGG